UAGUAUCCAGUGAUGAUAGUAGCGCGAUGUCUAAUUUGUCAGUGGGAUUUGAUAAGCAGUAGUGUUUAUAUUUACAUUGUUUGUUGUGAUAGGUUGUAGGUAGAAUGUAAGUAAUGCGUUUUGAUAUGAACAAUGCUUAUGAUUACGGACAUUAGUAGCAAGUACUGUUGUUGAUAUUAUUCAUUGGCGAAUAAUUAUAAGGGCAACUGUAACUAUAAAGUUACAAUGAGCAGAUAUUCAAGCGACUCAAACUCUAGUCGAGGAGAAGAUCAUUAUCGGAAGAAAAAAAAGUCGAAUAGAACUGGAGGAAGGUCAAGAAGCUGUUCAUACUCCAGCAGUGACAGUAGUUAUUCUAAACGCCACUCACGAAAGCACAAGAGGGGAAAACAUCACCACUCUCAUAGUAGGGAUCAUUAUGGCAAAAGAAUGCUCAAUGACCAGUCACACUCAAAAAAUAGGACCCAUAGCAGGCGAUCCAGAGAGAGAUCGAGGUCACUAUCAAGAGAGAGAUCACAUGACCGUAUAAUAUCCAGAUCUAAAAAGAAGGUUAAAAGGCAUUCUAGGUCCCGAUCUCCAUCCAAGUCCAGACACAGAUAUAGAUCUUAUUCGAGAUCACUAUCGAAAGACAAAUCGAGAUCACGUUCACGUUCUGUACAGAGAUCCCUCUCACAGAGUUCGAGAGACUCCCAGCUGUAUACUAAAAUUAAGACAGAGAAACAAGAUCAAAAAGAAAACAGUGAAGUUAAUGAAGGACAGAAAGAAAAUGGAAAAAGUUUGAAAGAGCAAAUUACAGAAAGUGCAGAAAAGAUUCUCGGGAUUACUGUUACAGGAAUCACUUCUCUGGGACCAUCACAAAGUGUUUUGGACAAAUUGAAUAGUCCAGGAUUUGAGCAGAGAUCAUUUGUAUCAACAAAAUCUGCUGGGAGAAUACCGGAUAAAGCACUGGAAGUUGAAGUAGAAGCACCUGCUCCGCCACUGUUAACAAAUGAUGAUGAUCCAAAAAGUAUAUUUCACUCAAGAUUAUUUUCAGAUCAGCAACGAAUGGAAAAAUGGAUUAAGAAGUUGUUCCACCUCCGCCAAAAAGCUGUAAAUGGUGAACCUAUUAUUUAGUUACUGUUAUAUAAUUUUUAUUUUCUGAUAUUGGAAACUACAGUUUUAUAUUGUAAAGUAACAUGGAUGUUAUUCUAAAAGUAUAUAAACAACAAGAGUUCAACAUGUAAACUAUUAUCUGCAAAAUAAAAUACAUUUAAACUC